AUGAGUUACCAGACCGGCCUGGCGCCCGCCCGUGCGCUGGACGACGACAGCGAUGUCGAGGAGGAGGCUCUCGUUGCCGACUACAAGGAGCAGGUUCAGUAUUCCGAGGGCGGCUUGGAGGAGCUCGACCAGGCCACGCUCGCCCAGCAGGCCGAUGACCUCCAAUCCCGCCUGGUCCAGGCGGCCCAGCCUCUCGACUUCCAGGCGACGCUCGAGACCAAGUUCCAGAGCUACGACAACUACUGCGGGUUGUUCCACUACAUCCUCAACUCGGAGGGUCCUGUCGACCUUGAGCCACCAUCGUACUACUGGGCGUGGGAUGUGAUCGACGAGUUCAUCUACCAAUUCAACACAUUCUGCUCGUACCGGGCCCGCAUUGCCAGGCAAGCCAACAACGAGGAGGAGGCCCAGGUCCUCCGCGAUAACCCGAACACAUGGGGCUGCUACAGUGUGCUCAACGUGCUGUACUCUCUGAUUCAGAAGUCUCAGAUCACCGAGCAGCUCACCGCAAUGAGGCGGAACGAGGAUCCUGCGGCCGUGGCCGGCCCCUACGGCUCGAAGAACCUGUACCGCAUGUUGGGGUACUUCUCCAUCAUCGGUCUCCUCCGCAUCCACUGCCUCCUCGGCGACUUCAGCCUCGCCCUCAAGACGCUCGACGACAUUGAGCUUAACAAGAAGGCCAUGUUCGCCCGCGUCAUGGCCGCCCACUUCACCACGUACUACUACGUCGGGUUCUCGUACAUGAUGAUGCGCCGCUACGCCGACGCCAUCCGCAUGUUCAGCCACAUCCUGGUCUACGUCUCGCGCACCAAGAACUUCCAGAAGAACACGCAGUACGAUUCCAUCACCAAGAAGAACGACCAGAUGCUCGCCUUGAUCGCUAUCUGCGUUGCCUUCCACCCCACCCGCCUGGACGACACCAUCCACACUGCUCUGCGCGAGAAGUACGGCGACCAACUCCUCAAGCUGCAGCGCGGCGGGCCCGACUCACUCCCCGUCUUCGAGGAGCUCUUCCGCAUCGCCUGCCCCAAGUUCAUCUCCCCCGUCCCGCCUGACUUUGACCGCCCGGAGGUCAACGUCGACCCGAUCGAGCACCACCUGUCGGUCUUCAUGGAGGAGGUCAAGACUAACAUGUGGAGCCCCACCGUCAAGUCGUACCUGCGCCUCUACACAACCAUGGAUCUCAAGAAACUCGCCGGGUUCCUGGAUGUCCAGCCCGAGGAGCUCCGCUCCUGGCUGUUGGUCAACAAGCAGCGGACUAAGCAGCUGCGCUGGACCGAUGCCGGCUUGUUGGAGGGCGAGCUUUCCAACACCAGCGACCUCGACUACGCUCUCCAAGGGGACCUCAUCCACAUCUCAGAAGCCAAGAUGGGUCGCAAGCUGGUCGACUGGUACCUGCGUAACCUGUCCCGCACCUACGCAUAG